UGGCGUUUAAUAGUUUCGAACAUUAUAUUUCAUUCUCGAUAUAAAAAGUAGUUUGAUUAUUGGUUUCACAUUUUUCCAAUUUAUUUACGCAUAUAUGUGUAUGUAUAUUUAAACAUUCAUAGUUUUUUUAAAAAUUGUGCUAAAAAAUAGAUAAAAAUAAUGUUUCUACAAAAUGAUAAUCUUAAUUCGUAAUUUAUAUGUAAGAUACUUAACCUCUUUUUCAUUAUUUCCAAAAAUACAAAAUACACUUUUAAAAAAUUAUUCGCAAGCAAUAAUACAAUUAAAAAUGAAUGAAGCUAUUUUAUUUCACGAAGAAGGAAGUAAAAAUUUUAAAAUGUCAUUUCGUUAUGUUAAUCCUGAUUUAAAUGUGAAUAGACAAUUUAAUUUUCAAAGGCAAGUGGAUGAAUCUAUAAAUUGUUUUAUUCAAAGAAUACAUAAAAAUAUUUAUGGAUAUAUAAUAAAAACAAUUUAUCGAAAACAAAAAAAACACAAUGAAAAUUUUAUAGAAAUGAAUAUAAUGAAUGAAGAUAAUGAAAUAAAAUUUAUAAAAAAUCAUUCUAUCCUUAAUGGUGAUUUAACAUGUAAAUCAAUUUUAGAAAAUAAUGCAGACAUAAAAUUAGUGAUUUUUGAUACAGAAUAUGUAUUGAAACAAAAUGUACCUUAUAUUUCAAAAAUAGAAUUACCAACAAGCAUUUUAGUUGGUUUUCCGAUUUAUCCCUCUAAAUUUGAAGGAAUAAAUGUGAAUAAAGUAAAUUCAAUUUUUAAUUGGUAUAAAAAAGAAAACAAAAAAUGGAUACAUGUGGGAGAAGGUUUCUUUUAUGUUCCAACUAUAUCUGAUGUAGGAUGUCAAUUAAAGAUAUCAUGCAUACCAAGAAAUAAUAUGGAAUAUGGACCUCUGAUUGAAAUUAUAUCAAAUAAUGUCGUUCAAAUUGGACCUGGUUUAUGUCCUUUUGAUACUAGACAUGCUUUUACUAAAAAUAAAUUAUGUAAUAAAAAAAGUUUCAGAGUAACUUCAUAUAACAUAUUAGCAAAUAUAUAUUCAGAAACUUCUAUUUCCAAAGAUACAUUGUAUCCAUAUUGUCCACAUUAUGCUUUAUCUAUGGAUUAUAGAAAAUUACUAAUUCUUAAAGAAUUAAUAGGAUAUAACAGUGACAUAAUAUGUCUUCAAGAAGUAGAUGCUACAAUUUAUAAAAACGAUUUACAACUGUCAUUAACUGCAUUAAAUUAUAAUAGUGUAUAUAAUUUAAAAAAUGAUUUGAAAGAAGGCCUUGCUAUAUUUUAUAACCAGGAAAAAUUUGAUAAAUUAUCUCAUAAUUAUAGUGUUAUUUCUCAAGGUAUAAAUUUAAAUGAAUUUAAUAUUGUUUGGUCACAAAUUCAGAAUGAUAGUAUAAAACAAACAUUCUUAAACAGAAAUACAAUUAUUCAGUCAAUAGUACUUCGAUCUAAAGAAAAUGAUGAAAUCUUAAUUGUUGGUAAUACACAUUUAUAUUUUCGGUUAAAAGCAGAUCAUAUACGGUUAUUACAAGCUUAUUAUGGUUUAUUAUAUUUACAUACAUUUUCUAAAAAAAUAAAAAAAGAGAAUCCUGAAUGCAAUGUCAGUAUUUUAUAUUGCGGUGAUUUUAAUAGUACACCACAAAAUGCAAUUUACCAAUUAAUGACCCAAAAUUAUGUAUCAAGUAAUCAUAGUGAUUGGAUAUCUGAUCCUCAAGAACAUGUGCAAAAUAUAUCUAUUAAACAUGAUUUAAACUUGGCUAGUGCAUGUGGUAUUCCAGAAUAUACAAAUUAUACUGCUACCUUUUCUGGUUGUUUAGAUUAUAUAUUUUAUCAAACAGAUUAUUUGGCAGUUGAACAAGUUAUACCAAUGCCAAGUAAAGAAGAACUUAGUACAUAUACUGGUCUUCCAUCUAUAGUAUGCCCAAGUGAUCAUAUAGCAUUGUGUGUUGAUUUAAAAUGGUUAAAAUAAAAAUAUAUAUCAUCAAAA